GGCCCCCGGACCUCAUGUUGGGAACCACUGUUGACUCUGCUCCAUUCAUUCCAGCCUCAUCUGACUGAGAGGCAGAGGCAGGCUGAGCUCUAGCGGCCAAAACUCUCCUGCAGCUCCUCUCCAUCAGCCGUCCCCCUCGGCCAGUUGCUGCUCCCCGGCUUCGCUUCCCCCCCUCAUCUCUCCUCUCUUCGUUCGAGUUGUUUUUGCUGGGUCUGUCUUCCUGUGGCUGUGAGCAUGCAAAGCACCGAGCGACACCGAAACAAGAUUGCUGCGCCGACAUGGACGAAAGGGCUACUUAUAUUUUACAAAUGCACUUUAUAUUUAUUCAUCUUUAGUCUGGGACUGAAGAGGAGCGACACGGCGCCAGUGGACUCUGAUGACUUUGCGUUCUUCCUUGAGGGCACCAGCAUGUGCCUCGGGGUGAUGACUGACUCUCUGAGCCUGACGGCGGACUGCGAGGAUCCCCUCCAAAGAUGGAAGUGGGUGUCUCGUGGGCGCCUGUUCAACCUGGGCUCCUCGUUGUGCCUGGGUUGGAACACCAGGAACGUCACGUACAACUCGCAGUAUCCUCCGAUAGCCAUAUACACAUGCGAUCGAGAGCCCCCCAGGGUAGACUGGACCUGGAACUGCGACGAGGUGCUGGAAAAACUCAACAACUUCUUUCAGUCCCCGGCAUUCUUCAACGGGUCGACUAUGUUUGGCUCAGCCAAAUGGAGACUGUAUGGUGACGACCAGGAUCUCUGCUCCAAGACAUAUCAGGAGAUCUACACCAUCCAGGGGAAUUCUUAUGGCCGGCCCUGUUACCUGCCCUUCAUGUACGAGGGCCAGUGGUUUCACAGCUGCACAAGCACGGGCCGUGAAGACGGCCACCUUUGGUGCGGAACCACCUUUAACUACGACCGGGACCAACGCUGGGGGUUCUGUCCUGUGAAGAGCAGCAGCUGUGAGACAUUCUGGGAUACGGACCCCCUGACAGACAGCUGUUAUCAGUUUAACUUCCAGGCCACUCUGUCUUGGAGCGAGGCUCAGCGCAGUUGCAAACAGCAGGGGGCAGACCUGCUGAGCAUCGGUAAGCUCCAUGAGCAGACCUACAUCAAUGGUAUUCUGAAUGCUUACAGCUCUUCUUUAUGGAUCGGCCUCAAUGACUUGGACAUCAGCGGCGGCUGGCAGUGGUCCGACUCCUCACCAGUCAAAUAUCUCAACUGGGAUAAAGAGCAUCCGACUCACGCCGAGGACGACAACUGUGCCGUGGUCCAAUCUGAAUCGUCGGGACGCUGGCAGAACCGGGACUGUACUGAAGCUCUGCCGUACGCCUGCAAGAAGAAGCCCAAUGCCACUCUGGAACCCUUCACCACAGAUUCAUGGACAGACAAUCACAAAUAUGAGUGUGAUGUGGGCUGGCAGUCCUUCCAGGCCGGAUGCUACAAGCUCUCGUCAGAGAAGAGCGAGUGGAAUGCGGCUCAGAAAGCCUGCCAGAAGAUGGACGCCAACUUGGUCAGCAUCCACACUCUGCCAGAGCUGGAGUUUAUCAUUCGCAACUUAAAAAAAGACAUCGAUCAGGUGUGGAUAGGCCUCCAUGACAGAGAAAUGCAAAUGGACUUCCAGUGGACGGACCACACCCCCGUUAUCUUCACCUUCUGGCAUCCGUAUGAACCCAACAACUUCCGCAACACGCAGGAAGACUGCGUCUCCAUGUGGGGCCCUGAAGCCCGUUGGGAUGACGUCCCCUGUAAUGCGACUCUGCCCUUCAUCUGCAAGAAGCUGGGAACAAAGAGCGACGGGAAGCCCCAAAACCAAGAGUGCAAACAGGGAUGGAAGUGGCACAGUCCAGCUUGUUACUCGGUCGGAGAAGAUCUGUCCACCUUCGAUGAGGCCAGGAAAUCCUGUGAGGCGCACGAAGCUGCUCUUAUUACUAUAACAAACAGAUUCGAGCAGGCAUUCGCCAGCAGCCUGGUGUUUGGGCGCUCUGGAGAUUCGUUUUGGAUCGGGCUCAGUGACCAGGUUUCUCACGGGUCAUUCCGCUGGCUGAGUGGAGACGAAGUGACCUACACCCACUGGAAUCGAGACCAGCCGACAAACGUCCGCGGUGGCUGUGUUGUGAUGGCAACCGGCUCUGCGAUGGGUCUGUGGGAGGUGAAGGAGUGCGCCUCGGCGAAGGCGAAGUUCAUCUGCCGCCAGAACCAGGACACGUCUCUGAGCCCCGAGCCCCCCGCUCCUCAGCCCACCCCCAGCCUCAGCGGCGCCUGUCCCAAGGACUGGAAGAGCAACAGCAACCUGCGCUACUGCUACAAGGUCUUUCACUCCUCCCAUUUGGAGCAGAAGCUGAAGUGGCUGGAUGCUCACCUGUUCUGCCGGAAACACGGAGCCAACCUGCUGAGCAUCACCAGCCCUGAGGAGGAGCAGUUCGUCCUGCAGGUCCUCCAUGAGAAUUUUGGGGAGUCAGAAGAGCAUGAGCAGCACUGGUUUUGGAUCGGUCUGAACCGCAGGAAUCCCAAUGAUAAUGGCAGCUGGAAGUGGAGCGACGGACUUCCUUUAACAUACCGGAACUUUGGGCGCUACUCCUACAACAUCCGGCAGUGUGCUGCGGCAGACCUGGGCACUAUGACCUGGCUGGCCAUGCACUGUGACUCCGAGUUGGACUGGAUCUGCAAGAUUCCCAGAGGAAGUGCUGAGCUGGAACCAGAAGUGACAGAAGGAAAUACUGCUCCAGAGUGGAUCACCUUCCAGGAGGCUCAGUAUAGGUUUUUCGACCAUCGCACUACGUGGGAUCAGGCCCAGAGGAUCUGCUCCUGGUUCGACUCCUCGCUCGCUUCAGUUCACUCAGCUGAGGAGCAGGCUUUCCUGGCCAACAAUUUAAGCAAGAAAAAGUCCGAGCCGAGCUGGUGGCUUGGGCUUCACACCUACGAAAACGACGGACGUUUCCGCUGGUCCGACCACUCUGUGCUCAAUUACGUUUCCUGGGCGCUUGGCAAGCCGCAACCAGUCAGCCGCGACCGCAAGUGCAUUUACAUGUCAACCAGCAAAGGAGACUGGUCGGAUCAGAAGUGUCACUCCGACUUGCCUUACAUCUGUAAGCAGGUGAAGGACACCGGCACUAUUCCUCCGACGCCAUCGUCCCCUCAUCCACCUUCUGGCUGUCCUACUGGGUGGUCGCCCUAUCAGCAUAAGUGUUUCAAAGUUUUUGAGUCAACUCGGGUCACAUGGUCUGCAGCCAAGCUCAAAUGUGAAAGCCAGCGAGGCACACUGGCUCUGGUGUCCAAUCAUUUAGAUCAAGCUUUCAUCACCACCUUGUUAAAGAACGUCAGCACUGACCUCUGGGUGGGUCUGACCUCAGACUCCAAAGGUCACUUCCGGUGGACCAAAACUGGCCUGCUCAGCUACACCAACUGGGCGCCAGGAGAGCCAGUCGACAACAGCGGGCCCCACCACAACAAGACACCGGGAAACUGCGUGGUGAUGAUUCACGGCAACCCAGAGAGGAAAACCGGGAUGUGGGCUUCCCGAGCCUGUGAGAUGACGCCGUUGGAGAACAAUGGAUUCAUAUGCCAAAAGCAGCCAGAUCGAAGCCUGCCUCCGGCUCCGGCCCUCAUUCCCUCCUCCCUGUCGGAGCCUGUGGAGCUGGGAGGAGUGACAUAUCGGGUUGUGCAGAAGCGCCUUGACUGGACUGGCGCUCUUUACCUCUGCGAAUCUUUGAACGGGACGCUAGCGGUCGUGAAGGAUCCAUACCAGCAGGCCUACCUGACGCUGCUCAUCAGCAGCCUGCACCAGCCAGCCUGGAUUUCGCUCUAUAACUAUGGCGGACGAAGCUUUACGUGGUUAGGCGAUGAAGAAGUGAAAUACUCCAACUGGAAAGACGGACAGCCAAAUCAGAUGGCCGGAUGUGGACACAUGACCACCACAGGACAGUGGACCAUGACUCCCUGCGAUGCUAAGUUGGACGCUGCUAUAUGUCAAAUUAGUGAUGAGCCUGUGAGCCAUCAGUGGAUUUACCCCGGACUUUGUCCCCACUCUGUGGGAGAGUGGGCCUGGGUUCCCUUCAGGAACCACUGCUACGCGUUCAACCUGCAGCUUCUUAAACUGCAGCAGGACGCGCUCGCAUCCUGCAAGAAAAUGGGAGCAGAGCUUCUGUCCAUCCUGGACGAGGCAGAGAACAGCUUCAUAUGGGAGCACAUCCAGAGUUAUGCAGAGCAGGCAAAGGGAGCUUGGCUGGGCAUCAGCAUGAAAGAGAGACGCCUGGUGUGGAACGAAGACACCGAGAUGUCGUUCACCAACUGGGAAACGCGAAAGGUGGCGUUCUCGAUGCUUUCCAUCAAUUCCUGCUUCUUGAUCCAGAGCAACAGCGGCCGGUGGACGCCCGACUCCUGCAGAAAUCGUACGCACGGGGUGAUCUGCAAACGGCCUCGCAGUGCAGACUCAUCCUCCACAACAUUGGAUGUCGACCACCUGCCCACUCUGAUCGUCGUCAUAGUGACGGCGUUGGUGCUGCUUCUGCUGAUAGCCACUGUGAUCUACCUGUACCGGCGGCGAACCGCAGGGUCUCGGGGUUCCUUCGAGGGGGCGCGCUACAGCCGCACCAACUCAGGUCUCGACGAGCAAGCCGAGAAGAACAUCCUGGUGUCCGACAUGGAGCUGAACGAGCAGCCGGAGUAACUCUGGACCGACCCUGGACUGGACCCCAACUGGCACCGGAGAGACUCAGAUUGUUUUCUUACCCUUUUUAAACCAAAACGUUGUUGUUGUUUUUUUUUUCUGUUUGUUUUGUUUUUUAAUGCCGAGAAGCUGUGUGGAGCACAGCAGAUGUUUCCAUUUUUAAACUGAAUAUCACAAUUUAAAAAAAAAAAAAAGCUACAAAUCAGAUACAUCCAUCUGCUUUUUCUAAAAUGCGUAGGCAGUUCACAAUUGAUCGACUGUGAACAGGUUUAUUGCAACUGAUUGCAAAACCAGUCUGAUGAAAUAACUUCUUGCCUGUUUCCAAAGUCAAUUUUACCACACAGAGUUUUCCAGUCUUGCUCCUACUCGGACCGAAAAGACUAAAAUCCACUUUGUUUCCAUUGUCGACCACAUUCCUCUGUAAGAUUUCUUUUGUGUUGUCAUGUCAGUAUUAACCCAGACUUGAAUGCAUUUUUGUUUUGUUUUUUUUCCAUUUGUUUCAUUGGAUUUGUCGUUAUGUGUGCAGCUGUAGAGAAGCGUAAGCCGUGAUGCGUGUGUGUGGUUUUCAUGAGCCUGCCUCUCUCCCUCUUCUCCGACCUGACACGUCAGCAAAGGCUGUCAGGCGCAGGAGGAAGAAAAGAAGUCCAGAUGUGAACAUGCUAAAAGUGUUAAAAAAAAAAAA